AUGCUCACAUCCACACUGCGCUCCUGUCUUAUCAUAUACGUUUUACCCACAUGUCUCUUAUCGACAGUGGUCGUUCCAGAUUAUCCAUUUGUUUAUAAACCGUCGUUUGACGGUUUCCCUUGCUCCUUGAAAGCCACUAUCCAGAGAGACGACAUCUACGCAUCUCUCGCCAAAUCUGACCAGGUAUGGAAGUCCCACUGGAUAAUUUACUUCGUAAUCGUUUGUCAAGCUUCCUCUCUCUGUUUAAUAUUGAACAUUGAUGAUGCCCAUAGAAUCCGAGAAAGGGUUUCCAAGAUGCAUGCAACAAAUCAAGGCAAUACCAGUCCCUGGAAAUACGAGCGUGUGGAAUGGAAUGGACCGGACUCUACGUUAGCUGUCACCUUCACGAAGAUUGGACAUGUCGAUGACGAUCUAACCGUGGAGGCGUUUGAGCAGUAUAUCAUCGAUAUCUCGAUGUCGAUUCCCGACGUUGAUCGUGGAAAAGAGUCACGCUUCACCUGUCGUGUUUGGUUCAAAGAGGCGAUCCGUAGGUUGAAUGACGCCCAACUUUUUGUUAAUUGUCCCGAUGUAGAUGCCCUUGAAAAAGAGCUUAAUCGGAAGGCUACAGCCCUCCAGUAUGCUCAGCUCGAUAUCACACUCCCAAAAUUGCUGGUAGCGAAGAAGGCUGCACCUUGGUCUAGCUGA